UGGCAACACAAUUUUGAAUUUUUGACUGCAUUACUCCAAAGUGAAACGAUGCGCUAUUGCAUGCGCCAUAAAACGUAGUGAUUUGAUUUAUAUAUUCUCUCAACGCCAAGAUACGCGCACCUUACCUUAAGAUGCGAAGAAAACUACCAUACAAAAAACAUCAAUAUUGCGGAACAAGGAGUAAUAAACGUUCCCGAGCCAUUCUGAAGUAUCAUCAUGGUGUUGAAAGUCGAGUUCAAGCUUGGAGAAAAGAUGAGAGAUCGCGCAAAAAUACAGAACAGCCUUCUUUCCCCGUCUCAGCAGCUGAUGACUGUAAAGUUGAGGCUUUUUCUUGGAAGCCUCUUAUAGCUGACUACACUAGAAUACCACUACGCAAACGAGAGGCCUCUCUACAACAGAAUAAAGAUGAAAAGGAUCAUAUUGAGGAAUCUACAUCGCAACUUAUUAAGCCGUCAUGUGAAGAAAAUCCGCUUGAAAUUGGAUACUUAACUCCGAAUAAUGACAAUAGACUUAAAGGUUAUCGAAUAGUUGAUAUAAAUCAUGUGCUAAACUGGUCUUUGAGGCUCCAACAGGAUCAUUCAAGUAUAUGCCCCCAGGGCCAGAUUGAGUUCAUAAGAGAAGAAAGAAUAGGACUGUUUAGCACAUUUAUCUUUCAUUGCACAGUUUGCAACAGUAAAAUAAUGCAAACUUCUGAACCUUCAGAAAAUCAAAAAAUCAAUAAGGCUUGUGUCUUGGGGACACAGACAUCUGGAACUGUUUGCACUCAGAUUAAUCAACUUUUUAGUGAAAUGGAUAUUCCCACCAUGUCUCCGAAUAUGUUUAUAAAGGAAGAAAAUGAUUUGAGCAAUGAAUAGAAAUAAAUACAUUCUGAAAAAGGGGAGAUCCAGUGAAAAAAAAGUGAAAUUUCAUUUACGUAGAAAGUUAUAUUCAAAAUAAAAAAUACGUAAAUUUAAA